UAUAUGUUUAUAUUUCUUACUUUUUCAUUAGAAUGUUUUAAAUACAAAGUAAUAUGUUUUAUUCUUUUUGAUAUAAGAGUUUUCUUUCGAGUAAAAUGAACUUCAUUAAUACUGUCGUCAGGAGCUGGAGAAUGUUUGUCAUUCGUUUAUUUCCGGAAACUUAUAAUCGGAGUUCUCAGUUUCCCGAAUUAUGCAUGGUUGAAGAUUACCAUUCUAGAAAUCAAAUACCAUCCUCAAAUCAAAAGAACUUUCCAUCUCUAUUAGAUGAAAUUAUAGGGAAUGGUUUUCUUUGGGCUGUUCCUAAAAAAAGAAGAUCACUAGAGAGGAGAAUGACACGAAGAAUGGGGUUUGGAAAGAUGAUACUUCCCAAAAGAAAUCUUGUUGUUUGUGAUGCUUGUGGUCAUUUUCAUCCUGUUCAUACUAUUUGUGGAAAUUGUUAUGAAAAAGUCAAGUCUGAAACUAAAUUAAUACAAGAUGCUGUAAUGAAGGAAUUAAAACUUGAUCCCAUUGAUAAAGAAGUAGUUAUAAUGUAUGAAAAUGAUUCCAAAGACAGUAACAUAUUAAAUGGAAAGAGAAUAGUUGAAGUACCUAAAACAAGACCAUCCUGGUUCAGUAAAAAUCUCCUUGCUAAGGAUAGUGAAUUUCCACGUAAGAAAAAUGAAGCAGUAAGUGAGACUGCAUUUGCAGUAGAAGUUGAACCUACUAAAAAAAGUUCUUAAAAAUUAUAUUUGUGUAAUAUUAUUUAUGAAAUAAAGAUGUUGUUUACUCAA